GCUGCGCUGGGGCCGGAGCUGUGGCAGCUGAGUCGGCCAGGGUAAGGGGCCGCUAGGGCCUGGGCCUGGGGCCAGGAUCGGGUCACUGAGUGGACUCGCAUCCCUCCUCUACUGUGUCCAGCACGGCCGCCGCGCGGCUCGGCCUGGCUUCCCCUUCUCCCACAACCACCCAUCUCUGUUCUCUCCCCCUCCCCCCACCGCUCCCAUCCUGGGAUUUCAAGCCCCCCAAGGCCUCCGCCCCCCUCCUGGAUCCCCUUCUCCCAGCACUCAUCCCUUCGGACUGUCCCCUCCCCUAAAACCUCCUCGCCAGGAGCCCCAUCUCUCAGGCAUCCACGGCCCUCUCCCUCCAGCACCCAUCGCUCUGGGUUACCCACUACCUCGAGCCCACCCUCCUGGACUCGGGUUCCCGGUAGCCCCUACUCCCCAAGCUCGUAUCUCCGAGUCCCCCUGCCCGACAGCACCCCUUUCCACUCCCAAAAGCUCCUGCCCCAGCCUCUCUGGGCCUCUUGCCCGCACCUACCCCUACGUGCUGCCCCGUCCACGCCGCGCUCUCAGCCGCCCCCCGCCUCUCGGGCCCCCCGCUCCGCCGCCCCCGGCGCCAUGGCGUGCAGCCUCAAGGACGAGCUGCUCUGCUCCAUCUGCCUGAGCAUCUACCAGGACCCGGUGAGCCUGGGCUGCGAGCACUACUUCUGCCGCCGCUGCAUCACCGAGCACUGGGUGCGGCAGGAGGCGCAGGGCGCCCGCGACUGCCCCGAGUGCCGGCGCACGUUCGCCGAGCCCGCGCUCGCGCCCAGCCUCAAGCUGGCCAACAUCGUGGAGCGCUACAGCGCCUUCCCGCUGGACGCCAUCCUCAACGCGCGUCGCGCCGCGCGACCCUGCCAGGCGCACGACAAGGUCAAGCUCUUCUGCCUGACGGACCGCGCGCUGCUCUGCUUCUUCUGCGACGAGCCGGCGCUGCACGAGCAGCACCAGGUCACCGGCAUCGACGAUGCCUUCGAGGAGCUGCAGAGAGAGCUGAAGGAACAGCUUCAGGCCCUUCAGGACAGCGAGCGGGAGCACACGGAGGCGCUGCAGCUGCUCAAGCGCCAGGUGGCAGAGACCAAGUCUUCCACCAAGAGCCUGCGGACCACCAUCGGUGAGGCCUUCGAGCGGCUGCACCGGCUGCUGCGUGAGCGGCAGAAGGCCAUGCUGGAGGAGCUGGAGGCAGACACGGCCCGCACGCUGACCGACAUAGAGCAGAAAGUCCAGCGCUAUAGCCAGCAGCUGCGCAAAGUGCAGGAGGGCGCGCAGAUCCUGCAGGAGCGGCUGGCUGAAACCGACCGGCACGCCUUCCUAGCCGGGGUGGCCUCCGUGUCUGAGCGGCUCAAGGGGAAGAUCCACGAGACCAACCUAACAUACGAAGACUUUCCAACCUCCAAGUACACGGGUCCCCUGCAGUACACCAUCUGGAAGUCCCUGUUCCAAGACAUCCACCCAGUGCCAGCCGCCCUGACCCUGGACCCAGGCACCGCCCACCAGCGCCUGAUCCUGUCUGAUGACUGUACCAUCGUGGCCUAUGGCAACCUGCACCCACAGCCACUACAGGACUCGCCAAAGCGCUUCGACGUUGAGGUGUCGGUGCUGGGCUCCGAGGCCUUCAGCAGCGGCGUCCACUACUGGGAGGUGGUGGUGGCAGAGAAGACCCAGUGGGUGAUUGGGCUGGCCCACGAGGCUGCAAGCCGCAAGGGCAGCAUCCAGAUCCAGCCUAGCCGUGGCUUCUACUGCAUCGUCAUGCACGACGGCAACCAGUAUAGUGCCUGCACAGAGCCCUGGACGAGGCUCAAUGUCCGCGACAAGCUCGACAAGGUGGGCGUCUUCCUGGACUACGACCAAGGCCUCCUCAUCUUCUACAAUGCUGAUGACAUGUCCUGGCUCUACACCUUCCGCGAGAAGUUUCCAGGCAAGCUCUGCUCCUACUUCAGCCCCGGCCAGAGCCAUGCCAAUGGCAAGAACGUGCAGCCACUGCGGAUCAACACCAUCCGCAUCUAGCAUGGACCGAGUAAGGCCACAGCCUCCCAGGGCCACAGCCACCAGUAAGAGCCCUGCCCAGGAGACAGAAGGCCUGGAGUCCAGCCUGGUUUGGCCAUGCUGAGACCUCAGGCCAGUUUACCCUUCAGUCUCCAUUUGCCUGUCUGGAAAGUGGAGGUUACACUCCAUGAUUCCUAAGCUCUCUUCCAGCACUCAUGUUCUGUAACUGUGACCUUGACGGGGAGGCAGCAUUAUCCAAGGAUGUGACAUCCUCCUUCUCUGGUCAACCGAUGCCCAACCCUCAUCCCCGUUGUCUCAGGGGCAGGGAGCUCUCCCUAUGUCUCCCUCCUGCCCAGGUGCCCUGGACUCAGGAUAUGUCAAGGUGGUGCCAGCAGAUGGCAGCUCGAAACAGUCACAGAACCCUCAUAUGCUCUGUGGCCUAAGACUUGCUGGCGAUGGACCUCGCCAAGCUGGUGAUGGGCCAUUUUACCCUUGACCCCAGCCCAGAGUAGCUGGUUCUAGGGCUUUCUGAGAACCACCCUCCCCUGUCAUCCCCAUACCAUGAGCUACAUGGUUCCUACUUUUCCCGCCGACCUGCAGGUCAGAGAUGAUGCUAUGAGAGGGUGCUAACCUGCAGAAGGCACCCAGUGGUUGGGCACACAUGUGACAGUCACUGCGCCACCACCUUCCUGCCCACAGGCCAAAGGACAGGUUGAUAGCACACCCUGAGGCUGACGCACAGCUCAUUUGCCCAAGGGCACUUGCAGAACAAGCAUCACUGGAUGAUCAAAGUCCCUCUCGACAAGGGUCCAGCCAGCCCUCACCAGCCAGGCCUCCGUGACAAGGCUAGGGUGUGGGGAGGCUGUUGGGAGCAGUUGUUUUAGUCAAGACCUGAUCAGUGGGAGGGGCUGUUAGCUGGGAUCCCUCCUCAGACUUGAUAUAUGUUUCAGCUAAAAUUCUGUUGAAGACAACAGGAGCCCCUUUAGCUAGUUUAAACAGACAAAGGAUUUAUUACCAGGUCCCUGGAGACUUGAAAGAUCAUUGGAAGGGCUGGAGGAGCAGGCUCAUUGGUGAAUUUCCAGCAACGACUCCCAGCCCCCAGAUUCCUCAUGUCUCUAUUGUGACCAGGAAAGUUGCCCUGGUCUGCAGGAAGCCACGGAAUCAGGAAGCCACUGUCUGCAGAACUGUGCCUCCUCUGCCACCAUUCACACCAGCAAAUGGAUGUUCUGAGACCUGCCUCUCUCCCACUGAACUCAGUUCUCAAAUCCAAAUCUCUGCAGGGAUUCUGUUUAGGGAAACCUAAGUCAGAUUCAGAACCUUAGCUGCAAGGGAGUCUGGGAAAUGUAGCUUUUAUCUUUCCAGUCUCAGCAGUAUAAAAGGCAAGCUAAAGAAGGUUAGAAUGGAUGUUGAGCAAGCUCAUCCUUGGUUUUUGCUGCAGUAUCCAACCAUGAAGAACCCAGGAAAGACUGGAGUUCACCUCUAGUCUUUGGUUUUGAGGCAACAGAGCCUCAAGGUGUCCUGUUCUAUGGCUCUUGCCCACGGACAGGCACUGAGGAAUGAGCCUGCAGAACCAAGCCAAAAUGUCUCCUCAGCCUUGGCCUUUCUUUCUAGUCCUGGAGUCUAGAUUCUGCACUUGGGGUCUCUGGCCAGAUCAACUCCAAGGGAAUAACUGUUCCUGGGGAGCCCCCACCUCACAACUGCUGUCCACUGGGGCCUCCCCUGGGCAGGAAGAAUCCUCACCCCACCACUUUAGCUACCAGAUCUCUGGGUCACUCCCAACAGUAUUUUUAUUUAAAAUGUUACCCAUUUUGUGAGUUAUAAUGAAUUUUUAUUAAAUUAAAGUUAUAGAAUGUCAGUGGUCAGUUCCGUUCAUUUUGACAGACACAAAGGUGUGCCUACUUUGUCCGGGGCAGCGUACAUACAUGAGCAUGGCUAAUUCACAAAGUAACCCAGGUAGAUGGUAUUGUGCCCAUUUUACAGAGAAGGAGAAACAAGGUUCAGAGAGAGGACAUGACUUGUCUACAGUUCUGGAUCCCACACUGGUAAGCGAUGGAGCUUGGAUUAGAACUGAGUUCUGAGGCACCACUCACAUCACAACCCUGUCUGAAAUUUACCAGCCAGGGAAGACUAUCAGUUUUUUGCCUGGGGGAAGGUGGUGAUAGUCUCUGGAGCAGGCCAGUUGCAAGAACCUGGGCUCUGGAGCCACAAAGACCUGGGCUCAAAUCCAGGCUUCACCACUAUGUGGGUUUAGAAAAAAAAGACUUGCCCUUUCUAGGUAUCAGUUUUCACAUCUGGAAAAUGGGGAUAAUAACACCAACCUAUGAUUUGUUGGUAAUCUGUAAAGUGCACUGCGCUUAGACAGGCCCUCCCUCUCCCUCCAGCUACCUCCCCGAAUCAUGCCUGGAGCUGUGUGUGUUUUCUGAACCUCUGGGCUGGCUCUGACCCUAAGAAGUUUAUCUUGUGCCCUGUGAGGGGUAUAGGGCCAUCUAGGCCAGGAGACCUAUCACAAUGGUUAUCUACAACUGAUCACGGGAGUGGCACA